AUAUGAAGUCCAAGCCUCUGGAUCAAUUAAGAAAGAAAUUCCAUGUAUCAACUUCUUGUUUAUAUCAGAUUUGGAGAGGGCAGGAGGUAGGGAGGGUCAAAUGGAACUAUUCAGCAGUCCCGCUUUCUUAUCCAA